AUGACAGAUAACAAUGGGAUACCACCACCUGUUGUGAGGUUUGGCGAUACACUGAGAUCGGGAAUUGAGUACCCCGGAGAGUUUGCUUAUGCGAACAACAACAUCAACAUUCCACCUCACUAUAUUAGUUUGGUGAAUGGGGGGAAUCUUUUCCAUGGACGGGAUGAUGAGGACCCGGUGAGCCACCUCAAUGCCUUCUACGAGUUGACGAACUCUCACAGACCCCCGAAUGUGGAACACAAUCUGAUCAAGAGGGUCUUAUUCCCAUUCUCUCUGAGGGAGAAAGCAAGAGCUUGGUAUGACUCUAUCCCGGGCUACAACAUAGCAACGUUCCAAGAGUUGAAGACGUUGUUCCUCUUGGAAUACAAUUCUCCUAUGAAGAUUGAGAAGUUGAGAGAGGAGAUCACCUCUUUCCGACAAAAGUAUGACGAGUCCUUCGCGGAAGCAUGGAAGAGAUUCACGGAAUUGAUAAGGAAAUGCCCAAGUCACGGACUAGCUCCGGGGCAUGACCUUUUGAAAUUCUACAAGGGACUCAACAGUGAAGGCACGGGAUUGGUGACUGCAGGUUCGAAUGGGAACCUAGAUGAUCUAACUCACGAUGAGGUGAGGGCUUUGUUUCAAAGGCUGGCCAACAAUCAACGGAAUUGGCACAAUCCAAGGCGAGGGGCUGAUAGAGCGGGAGAUACAUUUGGUGCUACCAAGGAUGCGGAAAGAGUGACCGCAAUUGAGGCUCAACUGGCGGACAUUAGCACUCAAAUGUCGUCGAUGACAAAGGCAGUUAAAUCUCUUCAACUGACUCCUCAACCCCAAGCUGUGACGGUGAUGAGAUGUGGGUUGUGCCAAGGCGGGCAUCAUACUGAUCAGUGCCCAAGUCUUCAAGGACCACCUGUGGAAGAUGUGAACUAUAUUGGCAACAAUCGCCAAGGGUUCAAUCAAGGCAACCAAUACAACAAUCAGCAAAAUUGGAGGCCUCAACAAACGGGAUGGAAUCAGGCUGGUCCUAGCAACAACUCGGGAAAUCAAUGGAGGAACAACACUCAACCGCCGGGUUAUGAGAAGAAGCCAACCGUCGAGGAUCAGUUGGGGCAGAUUCUCUCUUUCAUGACUAAGAGUCAAAAGGAGAACGAAAAUUUCAAGGAAAGGACGGUGGAAAAGUUUGGGCAGAUGGAUGCGACAAUGAGGAAUCUUGAGACGCAGAUAGGGCAGCUUGCCACGGCAUCACACACGAGGAUUCCUAACACCAUCCCGAGCAAUACCGUACCUAAUCCGAGAGGCAAUGAACAGUGUAAGGCAGUGGUCUUGAGAAGUGGUCGUGAGUUGGAUUUGACACCAUCAAUGGACGGCCAAGAAAAGAAGGGAAAGCAGAAAGUAGAGAUGGGAUCAAAUGGACAGCUGAUGACAAGUCCGGCAUUAGACCCGAAAAGCAAGUUCAACUUCCCUGAUCACAUUCCUCCUCCACCAUAUCCACCGAAGAGGAAGAAGAGAGCUCCAAAGGAUAAAAGCUUCGAGUGGAUGAUGAACGUGAUUCGAAAAGUGAAUGUGGAUGUAUCGUUGGUGGACCUCUUCACUAAUUUCCCCAAGUUCUCCAAGUUCUUUAAGGACAUGAUGGCAAACAAGGAGAAACUUCAAGACGAGGGAAUAGUGGCAUUGAGCAUGAAUUGCUCACAAUUGAUUUCGGGAAUGAUGCCCAUGAAGAAGAGGGAUCCGGGAAGUUGUGUGAUUCCUUGUGAGAUAGGCAACACAAUUUUCACCAAAUGUCUAUUGGAUCAAGGAUCGGGGAUCUCACUGAUGGCAUUGAAAACAGCACGUGCCAUUGGACUGGAGAACAGAAUGGAGCCCAUCGACAUUGCUCUACAACUGGCUGAUCAUUCCAUUGUGAAGCCCACUGGAAUAGUAGAGGAUGUCUUGGUCAAGGUAGACAAGUUCGUCAUCCCCGUUGAUUUCAUAGUAUUGGAUAUGCCCGAGGACAAAGAGGUGUCAAUUCUGUUUGGCAGACCGUUUCUUGCCACAGGGGACGUGUUGCUAGGAGCAAAGGACAACUCGGUCACGUUUAGAAUUAAUGGUGAGCAAGUGACCAUUAAUGUGGAGAAAGCGAUGAAGCAUCCUAGUGAUGCAAAAGCGUGCUUUAGAGUUGAUGUCCUCGACAAGUGUAUCUUUGACAAGAUGCGUUGCUCGGCAAGUAUAGAAGGAAGCGUUUAUGAUAAGGGGAGCUUGGAAAGAGACUUUGGUUCGACAAUUAAAGUUGAUUUUGAUUUUGAUGAAAGUGAGGAUGCUCAAAUUGAUCAACCAAGUCUAGAGAAUGAAUGUGUGGUGGAUACUUUCGUGGCGGAUGUGCAGCCCUCAAUUGAAGUACCACCAAAGCUAGAAUUGAAGCCACUCCCGACAAAUCUGAAAUACGCAUUCCUUGGUGAGGAUGAAUCUUUACCGGUUGUGAUAUCGGCGAUGUUGAAUGAUGAAGAGGAAUUGAAGUUGAUAGAGCUACUGAAGUCACACAAGAAAGCUCUAGGUUGGUCCAUUGCCGACAUCAAAGGAAUUAGCCCCGCAAUAUGCAUGCAUAAAAUCUUGAUGGAAGAUGGAGCUAAGCCGGUAAGAGAGAGACAAAGGAGGUUGAACCCACUUAUGCAGGAAGUGGUUGAAAAAGAAGUGAAGAAAUUGCUGAAAUAUGGGAUGAUCUAUCCCAUUUCCGAUAGUGAGUGGGUUACCCCAGUACAAUGUGUACCAAAGAAAGGGGGAAUAACCGUGACCGUCAAUGAGAAGAAUGAGGUUUUGGCAACUCGAUUGGUGAACUCAUGGAGAGUUUGCAUGGAUUAUAGAAAGUUGAAUACGGCGACGAGAAAAGAUCACUUCCCGUUGCCAUUUCUGGAUCAGUUGCUCGAUAGGAUUGCGGGUUAUUCCCAUUAUUGCUUUCUAGAUGGAUAUUCGGGGUACAAUCAGAUUGCAAUUGCCCCGGAAGAUCAAGAAAAGACGACAUUCACAUGUCCUAUUGGAACUUAUGCCUUCCGCCGGAUGCCUUUUGGUUUGUGUAAUGCACCGGCUACAUUCCAACGUUGCAUGAUGGCAAUUUUUUCCGAUAUGAAUGAAGACAUCAUGGAGAUCUUCAUGGAUGAUUUCUCCGUCUUUGGAUCCUCAUUUGACUUUUGCUUAGAAAACUUGAGACGGGUCCUACAAAGAUGUGAAGAAUCAAAUCUCGUGCUCAAUUGGGAAAAGUGUCAGUUCAUGGUCAAGGAAGGCAUAGUGUUGGGACACAAGGUGUCAGAGUUGGGGUUGGAGAUGGAUAAGGCGAAGAUUGAUGUGAUCUCAAAGUUACCUCCCCCAACGAAUGUGAAGGGCAUCCGUAGUUUCCUUGGACAUGCGGGAUUCUACCGACGUUUUAUAAAGGAUUUUUCAAAGAUUGCAAAGCCACUUUGCAACUUGCUUGAAAAGGAUGCCAAGUUCGUCUUUGAUGGGAAAUGUCUUGAGGCAUUUGAAUUGCUGAAGAAAAAGCUAGUCGAAGCUCCUAUUAUUAUCACACCCGACUGGUCAAAGCCGUUUGAGCUGAUGUGUGAUGCUUCGGACUAUGCUGUGGGGGCCGUUCUAGGCCAAAGGAGAGACAAGGUUCUACACGUUGUCUACUAUGCUAGCAAAGUACUCAACGAAGCUCAACUGAAUUACACCACGACAGAGAAGGAAAUGCUAGCAGUAGUGUAUGCUUUUGAGAAGUUUCGUGCUUACUUACUUGGCACGAAGGUGGUAGUGUUUACGGAUCAUUCGGCUAUCAAGUACUUGAUGAACAAGAAAGAUGCAAAGCCUCGGUUGGUGAGGUGGAUCCUUUUACUACAAGAGUUUGAUGUGGAAAUCAAAGACAAAAAGGGGACCGAGAAUUUGGUAGCCGAUCAUCUGUCUAGAUUAGAGGGAUUGGAAGAGACGGAAGAUGAAAGAAAGAAAAGGAUAAAUGAGAAAUUUCCCGACGAGCAAGUGUUGCAAGUGGAGGCUCGGGAAACAUAUGUGCCGUGGUUUGCCAAUUUGGCAAACUACCUUGUCACGGGCAUUAUACCAGAAGGGUUGUCAUCUAACCAAAAGAAGAAGUUUUUGAGUGACACCCGCACAUAUGUUUGGGAAGAUCCGUUUCUCUUCCGGAUUUGUAGUGAUGGAGUGAUUCGAAGGUGCGUUGGAGAGCAUGAGCACCUUCAGAUUUUGUCUGCAUGCCAUGAUUCGUUGUAUGGCGGCCACUUUGGAGCACGACGAACUGCUUUUAAAGUGCUUCAGUCCGGAUUCUUUUGGCCAUCGAUCUUCAAGGAUGCAAAAGCCUAUGUAGAACGAUGUGACAGUUGCCAAAGAGCCGGCAAUAUCUCGUGGAGGAAUGAAAUGCCGAUGAAUAAUAUUCACGAGGUAGAACUUUUCGAUGUUUGGGGAAUAGACUUCAUGGGACCGUUUCCCAAGUCUAAUGGGCAGCAAUACAUUCUCGUUGCUGUCGACUACGUAUCUAAGUGGGUAGAGGCAGUGGCCUCGGCAACCAAUGAUGCCAAAGUGGUGUUGAAAUUUAUCAAGAAUCACAUCUUUAACCGCUUUGGGACACCACGAGCCAUUAUCAGUGAUGGAGGAACUCAUUUUUGCAACAAAUUGUUUGAAAACCUCCUAGGAAAGUAUGGUGUCCAACACAAGGUUGCUACCCCUUAUCAUCCCCAAACAAGUGGUCAAGUUGAAGUCUCCAAUCGUGAGAUAAAGCGGGUGCUUGAGAAAGUUGUAAGGCCGUCUCGGAAGGAUUGGGCUCAAAAGCUAGAUGAUGCUUUGUGGGCCUAUCGAACGGCGUAUAAGACCCCGAUUGGAACUUCACCAUACAAAUUGGUAUUUGGGAAGGCUUGCCAUUUUCCGGUAGAGCUUGAGCAUAAAGCUUUUUGGGCUUUGCAAAAGCUUAAUUUGGAUUAUGAUGCUGCAGCCGAGAAGAGGAUGUGCGAUAUGAAUGAGAUGGAUGAGUUUAGGCUUCAUGCAUAUGAGAGCGUUGAUCUCUACAAAGAGCGUGCUAAGAGGGUACAUGAUGCAGCCAUUAAGCCUCGUCAAUUCCAUGAGGGACAACUGGUCCUUUUGUACAACUCUCGGCUUAGACUGUUUCCGGGCAAGCUCAAGUCAAGAUGGUGGGGUCCCUAUGUGGUGCACAAGGUAUACCCCUAUGGUGCUGUGGAUGUUCGGGAUCAGAAGAAUGGUAGCAUUUGGAAGGUGAAUGGCCAAUGCUUGAAGGUCUAUGUUGGAGUUGAAAGUGGCACGGAGACAGAAGAGGUGGUCACACUAGAGAAUCCGAAAGUGUAG